UACAUUUUUAUCCAUACACGGUUUUUUAAACUUUUUUAACUUUUACAUUUUUCAAUUUUACUUUUCAAAAAGUUUAAUAAUUACAAUUUUACCUUUUCCCUUCUUCCUUACACACGUACACGCACGCCACCUCAUAACUCCUUUCUUAUUUUUUUUUUUUUGAAUUUUUCAUUUAUCUGAUUCUUCCACUCUUCAAACCGAGCUUCCCACGAUCACCAUUAUCAAGCCCUAACCAAUUUCUUCUUCCCACGAUCACCUUCUCCAAGCCCUCACCCACGUUUUCCUCAACCUACAUUGUCAUCCUCCACUAUAUUUUCUCUAUAUAAAUGGCAACCACUAGAAGUGGUUCGAAAUCACCAUCUCCGGCGAAGAAAGUUUCUAAAAAAUCGAAGAAGGCUCCAACUGUUACUUCCAAAGUCGAACCUAAGAUGGGGUUAAAAAAAAUUGCUAAAAAUUUAGUGGCUGAUGUUCCAGAGACAUCGGGCACUAAGAAAAGAGCCCCUCCUGUUAAAGCCGAUGCUCCUAAGACUAAGAGAGCAAAAAUUUCCAAGUCUGCACGCGAUGUUUCCUCAGAUUCUGAUUUUGAGGAUGAAGUGCAUGGUGAGGACCAAAAGCCCAAAGUUGAAUCAAAGGUAAUUUAAAUUUGCUUGGUUUCAUUUUAUUGUGUUAAUUUUUACAUGAGCUUUUUAGGUCACUGGUUUAGGUGUUUAUUAGGAUGUUUUUAUGUUUUUUUGGUGUUCUUUAUGUAUUUCUGUCAUGUAUUGUGGUUGAUGUUGUUUUGUUGUUUUUAUUCAGUUGUUGUUUGGUUGUUGAAAAAUUGCCCAGUUCAAUUCGUAUUUUGUUACAGUUUUGAAUUGCUUUUCCCCAUUGGUUGGUUAUAUGUUUAUUGUGAAUUUGUUUUCGGUUGUUUUACACACUAUUGGUAUUGAGAAGCAUUUUACUAAUUUCAAUUGCAACAAGAUCUUUCAGUGUUGUUUAUUCUUUAGUUUUGUAUAUGUUUAUUGUCAGUUUUUUCUCGG